AUGUUAGUCGGGGUGCUGCUCCCGGGGGCCCGACCCCAGGCCUGUCCGCGGCCCCCCUGCUGGGACCGCCUGGUGGCCUCGCUCCCUCGGGGGCCCGGGCCGGACGCGGGCCCCGGGACCGCCGUCUGUGAGGGUCCGACCGGGGGCAGAGGCUGCGGAACGGGGGUCCCUCUUCCAGCGGCAGUCACCAACACCCCCUCAAGAGUGGACCCCCGGGUGGGGGGUCUCCCACAAGUCCAGCCCAAGGUGGCGCCCCCUGCUGGCGAGGCCUGGGAGCGCGUGGCGCGGCUGCAGCGCUGCAUGGGCUCGCCCCGAGACUCAGGGGCCCCGUGGGGCCGCCGCGUGCCGAAGGAGGGGACCCCCCUGGGGGCCGUGCUGGCCCUCAUGGCGGCUGUGCUGACGGAGUGUGACCUCCACUGUCACAGCCGACCCCUCCAGGCGAUGGCCAGGAGACUGGAGGGAGCCGCAGUGGGCCGGCAGGGUGAGAAAGAUCUUCUGCUGCUUCUGAAGAGCAUCACACAACAUCCCCCCCUCGCAGUCCCCCCGCUGGCCCGGCUCCACCCUCAGGACUGCGCAGAGAUCUACCGACGGGGGAUCGUGGAGAACGGUUUCUACACCAUCCAGCCCGCCCUGCAGCGCCCGGCCCUGGAGGCUAAGUGCGACAUGCAGACGGCGGGCGGCGGCUGGACGGUGUUCCAGCGCCGGCAGGACGGCUCGCUGGACUUCAACCGGACGUGGCAGGCCUACGCCGAGGGCUUCGGCUCGCCGCCGGCCGGGGAGCUGUGGCUGGGGAACGCGGCGCUCCACGCCCUGACGGCCGCCGGCGGCCCCCACACGCUGCGCAUCGAGCUGGAGGACUGGAGGCAGCAGCGCCGCCACGCCGUCUACAGCAGCUUCAGGGUCGGGCCCGAGGCUCAACGAUUCCGUCUCACCGCGCGGGAGUACUCCGGCGACGCGGGCAACGCCCUGAGCUACAGCGCGCGCUACAACCACGACGGCCGGGCCUUCAGCACGGCGGACCGCGACCACGACCGCUACGCCGCCGGCCACUGCGCCCGCUACUACGGGGCGGGCUGGUGGUUCGACGCCUGCCUGGCCGCCAACCUGAACGGGCGCUACUACCGCGGACGCUACGGCGGCCUGACCGACGGGAUCUACUGGGGCACGUGGCACGCCCUGACGGACGCGCGCACGGGAGAGCGCCUCUCCUUCAAGACCGUGGAGAUGAAGACCAGGCCGGGGCGGCCGCGAGGCUGAGGAGACGGAGAGCGGCUUCAUACGACUCUCUAUUGGGAUUGGCCUAAGGCCCAAUCCCAUUUCUACCCCUUAUCCCUUACCCCUUCCCCCUUCCCCUUGCCCCUUCAAAACAAGGGGGAGGGGUAAGGGUAAGGGGUAAGGGGUAGAAAUGGGAUGUGGCCGGAGAAAUCUAGAGCAGGGUUCCCAACCUUUUUUGUUCCAAGGACCGGAUUAAGAUUGCUUAUUUUCAUAAGAAAUCUUUCUUAUAUUCAUAAGAUAUCUUGGAGGACCGGUAGUCAAUUUGUAUGUUUUUAAUGUUUUAAGCGGUGGAUCCAACGGUUCCACCGACGGGUUGGGAAACGCUGAUCUAGAGGAAAAACAUUCACAUAAUGACCCAGGAGUGGCCUGGCAGUAAAUGUAUCACAAAUACACCAAGCUGAAUUAAAUAAAUAUAGAGCUUACUUAUUAA